AUGUACGAGGCCAAACAUCUAGCGAUUCUCCCUCGUAACUCCAGGCUCUCAGAACUCGUCAUCGCCCAUGCUCAUAAGAAAACAAUGCAUGGAGGCACUCAGUCGACUCUGGCACUCAUCAGACAACUCUACUGGAUCAUCGGAGCAAGAGCCCCAGGGGAUCCGUGCUCAGCACUGAUGGGCCAACUACCUCUGGCGCGAGUCACUCCAUCACGCCCGUUUUCUCACACAGGCAUUGACUACGCUGGACCGCUCACGCUCAAGACUUGGAAGGGACGUGGCUCCAAGACUCAUAAGGGUUGGAUCUGUGUAUUUGUCUGUCUAUCAACUUCGGCCGCUCAUCUCGAUGUCRUUUCAGACUACUCAGCCGAGGGCUUCAUUGCAACGUACAGACGCUUCACCUCAAGGCGGGGUGUCCCGUCAGACCUCUACGCUGAUUGUGGCACCAACUUCUUGGGCGCUGAAGUUAAGCUCAUGCAAUGUUUCUCAGAAAGCUCUUCAGGACGUCGGGAGAUCUCUUCUGUGCUAGCUCAGGACAAAACACAGUGGCAUUUUAACCCGCCUGCAGCCCCCCACAUGGGUGGGAAAUGGGAAGCAGUAGUCAAGUCUCUGAAGUAUCAUCUUAGAAGAUCUGUCGGAGACACACUUCUCACGUAUGAGGAGACUUCCACACUCCGCGCUCAAAUUGAAGCCAUUCUCAAUUCCAGACCACUCGAACCGCUCAGCGAUGAUCCAGAAGACACCUCAGUGCUCACACCAGGGCACUUUCUCAUUGGAACGGCACUCAACGCUGUUCCUGAAGGCUCACUAUUAGACAUCUCAGCAAGUCGGCUCUCCAGAUGGCAGUUCAUCCAGCAACGAGUUCAACAUUUCUGGCGCAUGUGGUCAACUCAGUAUUUGCAACAAUUACAAGCCAUCUCAAAGUGGUAUCACGCUCACAACCAGAUUCAGGUAGGUUCACUCGUUCUCCUUACUGAUGAGCGUUUGCCUCCAGGAAAAUGGCCCAUGGCUAGGGUGCUCAAGUCUGCCAGGGGAGGAUGGACUCACCAGGAUGGUAUCACUGAAGACGGCUACCACAACACUCACCAGGCCGAUCACCAAGCUCGCAGUCCUCCCAGUAGCCCCUCAGAAGACAGCAUAACUCAUCAUCAACUUCGUUGCUGA